GUAAUAUUGUACGCUAAAGCCUGAAAGAAGAGGUUUUUAAUUUUAACAUACUUAGUUCUUAGAUAAAUUACGGUUACAGGCAACCAGAAAUACAGGUACCCUAGAUGUUACCAUAGAUUAAAAUAAAUUCUGACGUUUAAUUUGUUGUAUUUUAACCUCACUUUUAACUCGUUUUCCAACUUGUAAACAAUCUCUCGGUUAUUAGCUUGUUAUUAGUAGUUAUUAGCAUAAAAUAAUUAACCAGAAUUAACUAGAAAGUUAUUAGUGGCUCUGUUAGUGGCUUAGUGGCAAACAAUACUAUUCUUAGGAGGGAUUUUAAGUGUUUAAUUAAUUUUCACUUUAAUUAAUAAUUAAGUGAAAAAUGACACCAAACAUCGUAAAAUGCCCAUUUAAUAGCAACCACGUUAUGUUGGAAGACAGUCUGCAAAGGCACAUUGUGAGAUGUGCCAAAAAUUAUCCGCACUGGGUUUUGUGCCCGUACAACGCCAUGCACCGUUUUCCAAAUAAGGAGGUUUUGAUCAAGCAUAUGGUGGCGUGCGCCUCGCGAGACAAUGCGUUCAAGUUCAAACAGGAUUAUGACAUGUCAGGACGAGGAAAUGACUGGAAAGACGUGCCAACUCACAUCGAUCACGGCAAGGAAAUCAAUUUUGCUGAAGAGGAUUGGGAUAAGGAAUACCAAUGAAACCCGUCCAUAAUUUUAACAAAACCGUAGUGAUUUAGUUGUUUUUCUAAUUAAUAUACUUAAAAGUUAUAUUUUUUAAAGACCAUACAGUAAUUUUAAGCAAACCAAAAUACUUACUAAUUCAAGAAAUAGUUUUAUCAAAUGAAUCAAUUUUAAUGAUAUAUGUAUAGAUCAUACCAAAUAAACUUUUAGUCACGUGAUUAAGCUUGACCGGAAAAGCGUUGCCGACUUUUACAUAUUUUAUUUUAAUCAAAAUAUUUUAGGA